CGUUAUACAGUAGUUCCUUUUUUUCUUUUGCUUAUCUUUACACUGGAGGGAGGAGAAGGAGGAGGAAUUAUAUUUCCCCGGAUGUUGCCGUUAGAGACGACGGUUAGGGCUGGGGGGAGGCGUCGUACUUGACUGAGGCGGGAACAUCACAGACGAUGGACUGGAAGCAGGCGCUGAAAAGCCGGCUGGGCGUCAGUACCGACCCUAAAAGGAGCGACCAAGAAGUGAAGGAUGAAGAGAUGGAGUUGUUUACAAAAUACUACCUGGAAUGGAAAGGAGGAAGAAAAAGUGCCAGUACCUCUUAUGUGAACAUACCACGAUUUUAUUACAGGCUGCCAGCAGAAGAUGAAAUAUUGUUACAAAAAUUAAGAGAAGAAUCUCGAGCAGUCUUUUUGCAGAGAAAAAGUAGAGAAUUGCUAGACAAUGAAGAACUACAGAAUUUGUGGUUUCUUUUGGAUGAACAUCAGACACCACCUAUGAUGGGGGAUGAAGCAAUGAUUAAUUAUGAAAACUUCUUGAAAGUUGGUGAAAAAGCUGGAUCCAAGUGCAAGCAAUUCUUCACAGCUAAAAUUUUUGCUAAAUUACUUCAUAAUGAUCCCUAUGGAAGAAUAUCUAUCAUGCAGUUUUUCAAUUAUGUAAUGAGAAAAGUAUGGCUGUACCAGACAAGAAUAGGUCUCAGUUUAUAUGAUGUGGCUGGACAAGGUUACCUCAGAGAAUCAGAUUUAGAAAAUUAUAUUUUGGAACUCAUUCCUACUUUGCCACAGUUGGAUGGUUUAGAAAAAUCCUUUUAUUCAUUUUAUGUAUGCACUGCUGUCAGAAAAUUUUUCUUCUUUUUAGAUCCUCUCAGAACUGGGAAAAUAAAAAUACAGGAUAUUUUAGCCUGCAGCUUCCUUGAUGACUUAUUAGAGUUACGUGAUGAAGAACUUUCUAAAGAAAGUCAAGAAACAAAUUGGUUUUCUGCUCCUUCUGCUUUGAGGGUUUAUGGCCAAUACUUGAAUCUUGACAAAGAUCACAACGGCAUGCUUAGCAAAGAAGAAUUGUCUCGAUAUGGAACAGGGACAUUAACCAACAUCUUUUUGGAUCGGGUCUUCCAGGAGUGUCUGACCUAUGAUGGAGAAAUGGACUAUAAGACGUACUUGGACUUUGUACUUGCAUUAGAAAACAGAAAGGAACCUGCAGCUUUGCAGUAUAUUUUCAAAUUGCUUGAUAUAGAGAACAAAGGAUACCUGAAUGUCUUUUCCCUUAAUUAUUUUUUUAGGGCUAUUCAAGAACAAAUGAAAAUCCAUGGACAAGAUCCAGUUUCUUUUCAAGAUGUGAAGGAUGAAAUCUUUGAUAUGGUAAAACCUAAGGAUCCUUACAAGAUUUCACUUCAAGAUUUAAUCAAUAGUAGUCAAGGAGACACAGUCACCAGUAUUUUAAUUGAUCUUAAUGGCUUUUGGACUUAUGAAAACAGAGAAGUUCUUGUGGCCAGUGAUAAUGACAGUACAACAGAUCUUCUUGAUACAUGAUUUAACAGUAAUAGAUUGUAUUAUUGGAGAUAUGCCCAACUGAUACAGUGACUGCUUAAGGCUGAAUAGCAAAUUCACUGCACAUUUCACUGAAGAGUCCAUCUAACUCCAGAUGGACAUCUUUUUUAAAAAAAAAAUGAAAUGAACCUCACUUGAAUUUUUUUUAAAAAAAUGCUUACUAAGACCUCUUAUUAAAUGUUAAAAAGAGCUGUUGGUAAAUUAUUGUUUAUUUAAAUCAUUUCUGAACCUAUAGUAGCAAGCCAUACUGCAUUUAAUCAAGUUAUAUCUUUUAGAAAAUUUCUAAAAUAGUUCAGUUUUGUACUGUUGAAU